UUUUGAAGAGGUGCCAAUUCUAAGACUGACAGCAGGAUUAGCAGCUCGCCGACUUUAAAAGCAGGUGCUCAGACUGGGAGAGGAGAAACAGAUCGACAGCAGAGAAACAGAAAAGCUCAUCCGACGGCUCCUGAGAAACGCUGAACGAAAAGUAACCAAACAUAAUGGCAGACGUUGCAACUCCCGCUGACAAAAAGGCCCCUCCUAAAUUCAAGCAGAGAACCACUCGUACGUUCAAGAGCAAGGCACCCAAGCCAGGCCAGAAAGGUUUUGGGGAUGAUAUUCCAGGCAUGGAGGGUCUCGGCACAGACUUCUCAGUGGUCUGCCCUUGGGAAGCCUUUGGAGACAUGGAGCUCAGCGACUUGGCGAAAUAUGGAAUUGUUUAGCCCUCCUUCCUUUGCCUUUACCCUUCUUGCCACUAUUCUCCCCUAAGUGGUCCUAAUAUUGACUCACAGGCGAGUAAUCUAUUACCUUCAUGCUGCACAGAUGAAGCAACAUUUGGUGUUGUAGAGGUUUGACCUGGACACAAAAGAGGAAUCCCUUAUGCACUUUACUUUUUCCCUGCCUUUCCGCACAUAUUUUUUAAAUCUUGUCCUCCUCCCUACCUUCUUCCUCCCAUCUCCAUCAUCCUUAUACCCAGUUUUUCAGCACAAUAAGGAAGAAAUUUGUAAGAAUGUGUAAGACUGUAUAUUUUAAUUGUAAAAAAAAAGAGUUUUUUAUAUGUUUUACUGUGAUACCUCAGGAGUAUUCCAUUCUUCUCCUCUUACACCCAUUAUUUGAGGCUGCUGAUUCAACAUGCACCGAUGUCUGCUGUUGUACAGCAUAUACUCACGCUGGUCUUCCAUCAGAAAUAUGUAAAUCACAUUAUGCUUUAGCGAUGGGCACCAUCUUUGUCUGAGUCGGGAAAACGGC